AUGUCGCAUACGUCUGAGCGAAGGUAAGUUCGAUUUUUUCACGCGUAAAUUGAUAAAUAUGCAUGCUCCAUUGCGUUUCACGAAUUUCUUGUGCACGUCGCGCCUCCGUAAAUCCGGCGGCGGCCGCGGCCGGACGUCGACACUUCACGAUAUAGUCUUAAAAAAUAGUGCCGCAAUCAGCGAAUGCAUGGGACACGAGACUGACAACAUGGCGUGCAUUCGUUUUUGUCACAUUGUUCGCAAAGAUUUUCGCCAGUGUCUCUCGUCUGCCUCCUCUCUGUUCUUAUAACCUCUGUAAUUGUUGUGAUACGUAGCCGUGCGACGAUCGUUUCGCGUGCAAUGGUGAUUCUCAAGUUUCCAAGAGAUAUACUUGGAUGUUGCAGUGUGUGCAGGAGCUGCAUGCUCUCACUGUGCUCGUCGUGCAAACACGUUUCACUUUGCGUUUAAAAUUACGUAAUAGAAAGAAUGAAUAUUGCUCGAUAAGGCCUGAUGAAACGAUACGGAUUAAACGACAUUGAACGGUGCCGCGCAAUAUCAUUUCCAUGUACGCUCAUGUAGUUGAGGCACAUCUUGCUACGGACAUGCUUUCGCGUGAGUCACUGUCAACGCAUCUAUCAAAUCACCGAUAUUGUUCGCUCGAUGUCCCACCUUAAAUACGCGUCUUUGUGCGUUUAUUUAUUCUUGGAGUUUCGCGAUUUAUUCGCCAAGUUUCAACAAGGAAUUUCCGUAUUUGUGAAGAUAAAACGCCUUUCAAGGCGCGGGAUUGAAAAAACUGUGACGUUUCACCACUUCAAGGUCGCUGAAAUUCAAUAUUAUUUGUAUCUUUUAUUAUUUCGAAACGAGCGUGUGAUCGAACGAUGCUCGGAAGGAUCGAGUCGUUCGGAAGAAUUUGUUAAUUUCUGCUGCGGCAGAAUUUGAAAAUUACAACAAUCGUUUCAUGACUGUUGUAAUAAAAGUUACAAUGGCUACUUCAAAGCUAACUUUCGUUUUGCAAUUGUGUUUCAGAAACGAUGAUCAAUGGGCAGGAGAUUCCAAAAAUGGUCCUAGUGAGAGUGAUCAACAGACGUACGAUGGCCCUCCGGGCAUGGAGCCUGAUGGGAUCAUUGAAUCUAACUGGGAUGUUGUAAGUUCUAAAGUGUUCCAAACGAAAUUAAAGAGUUCAAGUAGUUUAAAAGGUGUGGUUAUGAUAAUAACAUUCGUUGUUGUACGUUCUUUGUUAUUGGCAAACUAG